CAAAGUCCAAAGAUUCACACACAAUCGGCUUCGCUAUCAAUCAAACAUUGUUGAACACGUCAUUAAUAGAACGCACACGCGCUAUAACCGGGUUCGGUAACGUACAAAAGUUAAAACCCAUCGAAGUGGAAACGUACCGUACAUUGGGUGGUGUAAAUAGCGCCCGGUAGCACACGUAGUGGCCAAGAUUAUACAGGGCAUCGAAGGGCGAACCACGGUAACUACAAAGAGGAACAGGAGCGCAGCUGCACAGAAUUGGGGGGAAAAGUCGGAACGAACCACUAGCGCCGUGAUGUCUCGAAUAUCCAUAGCGGUUGUUGUAGCGAUUUUCGCAACAGCGGCCUAUUUGUACAGAGAAUCGUCUCGGAAGUCAGAUUUAUCCACGGUCACCCUCAACAAUACAUACGACUACAUCGUAGUUGGCGCUGGGUCCGCGGGAUCUGUGAUAGCUACUCGACUGUCAGAGGACAGAGGCAGUAACGUGCUUCUUCUGGAGGCAGGGGGCCGGGAGGAAGAGAACCCGUUGAUCUCAGUCCCCGCUGCCGCUAUGGACGUGCAGAAGUCAGAACAGGACUGGCAAUACUUUACAGAACCCCAGAAGCACGCAUGUAAGGCUAUGAAUGAAAAUAGGAGUUACUGGCCACGUGGUUACGUGCUCGGUGGAUCAAGUGCAAUAAAUUGGAUGGUGUACAUGAGAGGUAAUCGCCAUGACUACGACAGUUGGGCGGCCGAGGGAUGUGACGGGUGGAGUUACAAGGAUGUUCUUCCAUACUUCAUCAAGUCGGAAAAUAUCCAAAUUCCCGAGUUUAAAACAUCAAAGUAUCACGGAAAGAACGGACCCCUGUACGUGACAGGUCCAACACUGACUCCGCUUCAGGAGAAAUAUAUCCAGGCCGGUCAGCAGCUGGGCUACAACUUUGUGGACUGUAACGGAGAGGAUCAGAUAGGAUUUUGCAGGAUGCAAGCCACAAUACAUAAAGGAGUACGGUGGAGUACGUAUCAAGCCUUUCUCAAGCCAGUCAUGACCAGGUCAAAUUUGCAUGUGGCAACGCACUCUAUUGUUACCAAGGUGAUGAUAGAGAACAAGAAGGCGGUGGGAGUAGAGUUGAUCAGAAAGGGUCGGAAGGUAAAAGUAUACGCAAAUAAGGAGGUGAUAUUGUCCGGAGGUACAAUCAACUCGCCCCAGACCCUCAUGUUGUCGGGGAUAGGGCCGAGGAAACAUCUUGAGGAGAUGGGGAUAGACGUUGUAGCAGAUCUACCAGUAGGUAACAACCUACAAGACCACAUACUUAUACCUGUCGUGCACAGCAUUAACAUCAGUGCAGCACUGACGGAGGAGAAGGGCAACGCCGUUCAGUCAGUUCUACAAUACUUAUUGUUUAAAUCAGGCUACAUAGCGGCUACUGUAUUGGAGGCCAUGGGAUUUGUUUACAAGGAUGGAACUACAAAGGAUGAUGGGCGGAGUCCAGAUAUACAGUUGCACUUCAUGAGUGCGCAUGGGCUUACAGAAAAAGGCAAAGCGCAUAUUACGAUGAACUAUAGAGAUGAUAUUAUGAACAGCAUAUUUACAUACGAUCCAGCCAAGGAGACAAUCCAAUUUUUACCUACCCUUCUCCAUCCUAAAAGUAAAGGCACGAUCCGCCUUAAGAGUAAAGAUCCUUUCGACCAUCCCGUCAUAGAUCCUAAAUACUUAGAGGACCCGGAUGAUGUCAAAACCCUCAUAGCAGCUAUGAGGAUCAUUGAAAAGCUUGUCGACACACCAGUCUUGAAGGAGAUUGGAAUACAACUUGACAGUAAGUCGACAAUGGAGGAACUGUGUGAUCAGCAUACGUUCCGGUCAGAUGCAUUCUGGGACUGCUACAUACGUCAUUACACGCUGACAGUGUACCAUCCAACAACUACUUGUCGUAUGGGAGCUUUGGAUGAUCCGACGGCUGUUGUUGAUCCCUCCCUACGUGUUAGGGGUAUAUCUGGACUACGUGUGGCUGACGCGUCUGUGAUGAGGAACGUUCCGUCAGCUAACACAAACGCCGCCUCCAUUAUGAUCGGAGAAAAGGCGGCAGACCUUAUCAGAGGAAAGGAUUCUGUCCAGGAUAUCAAAAGAAUUCUGCAAAAAAGCAAACUUUGAUGAAUAUUGUUAUUCUAGUAUAAAUAUUUUUUGUAAAUUAAUGUAUGAUAUUUUAUUUGCAUGAUUUUUUAAUGAAUUAAUAUGAUUUAAUUAUUAUUAUUGAGUGGUAAAAGACCAAAGAGCGGUCCUUUUCCGACAGCUUGAAAUUCAUAUCACAUAUGUCCUUUGUUUUUUCUUUAAGUUACUGAACAUUCGAUCUGCACUGUUUACGUUAAUUAAUGCGAAAGGAAUCCCAAUACAAUCUAUGGCAUCAAACUUAUGAACGUUACAUAAAAUACUCCGUAAUAGGUUUGUAUUAUAGUGAAAGGUGUUUUUUUUCAAUCACUGAUGUACGUGACGAAUACCUCUGUACAAUUGAAAUAGUAUAAUGAAAGGAACAAUAAAUAUAGUUGAUUUAUUAGUUCAGUCUGGCCAUAGUAAUGCUGGGUUCAAUUGAUAUCUAAAAUUGUGACGGAAGAUAACUUUAUUUUCUCUUUUGGCCACAUUGGAAUUUAUUUAUUUCCUGUACUCGGGAUGUGAGUGUAAAUUAACCUAUCUGUCCAGCCAUAUUUACCGUAUGGUAGAACAGAACAUCCUGUGUACAUCUGGAUAGGAAUAUGUCCACUAACGUCUUCCAAACAAAGGCAGUUUUCAAGAUAUCUACUUCAAUCUGUCAAAAUACAUCAAAUGUUUUCCCAAAACUAUUACUAUUUAUACCGUUAGUUGAUUUUAGGAUAGAAACUUUAACCUUAACAUAGAUUUCGGAUGGUAUUAUCCCAAGGAAUACACCGCCUUGGUGCUUCAAGUGAUGACAUUAUCCCAAUGAAUUCACCACCUUGGUACUCCAAGUGAUGAUAUUAUGAAAAGAUAUUUGAAAGGAGUUUGAUUUCUGGUUACUUUUCAGAUCUUUCCCAUAUAUCCUAUGGUGAUUAAUGUAUCACUGUGUUUGCGUUUGUCCGCUAAGUUAAGCUAACAAACCUAAAUCAUUUUACUCUGUAAUAAGAUAGUUUAUAUAUUUAAUUAAACCAACCGUA